GGUCAAACUCGUACAGUGCUUUAUCAUAUGACAAUUUUUCGCUCCACCGUGACGAGGAAACGACAAUCGCAUGCGGCGGAGGAGAUGGACGCACGCUAGCUUCGUUGUUUUACCUGCCCGGCUCGCUGAUCGAUGAGUCAACUCAACCAAGUUCGCCAACCUCCAUUGAACUCCAAGAAAGAUUUACUGGUUUGACGGCCUCGCAGCUUCAGGAAAAUGGAAGCUCCGUCGUCAUCAACCUCCGCCGCCGCCGGCCACCACAUCGUGGCGAUCCCAUAUCCAGGACGGGGACACAUCAACCCCAUGAUGAGCUUGUGCAAGAUUCUGUCCUCCAGGGUCCCGGACAUCGCCAUCACCUUCGUUGUGACCGAGGAGUGGCUCGGCUUCCUCGGUUCCGAGCCUAAGCCCGCCAACAUAUGCUUGGCCGCCAUCCCGAACGUGCUCCCCUCAGAGCUGGUCCGGGCUCAGUGCUACGCUGAAUUCGUCGAUGCCGUUUUCACCAAGAUGGGAGGUCCGUUCGAGGAGCUGCUGGAUCGGCUCCAGCCUGUGCCGACCGUCAUCCUGGUCGACACUUUCCUGAGCUGGGCCGUCCGUGCGGGGAACCGGAGGAAUAUUCCCGUGGCGUCGUUCUGGCCAUCGGGGGCCUGGGAUUUCUCUUUCUACUAUCACUUCCAUCUUCUUGAGCAACACGGUCACUUCCCGGUUGAUUUGUCUGAAAAAGGGGACGAGCGGGUCGAUUACAUUCCCGGGCUUCCUCCGACACGCUUAGCGGACUUGAUCAGUUCAGGGAGUACUGAUUUAACCCUACAAAACUUCCUUCAUGCAUUGAGCGUCGUACAUGAGGCUAAGUAUCUCUUGAUUGCGACUGUGUAUGAGGUGGAAUAUCCUGCUGUCGAUGCUCUUAAAGCUUGCUUGUCUAUCCCAGUCUACACUAUAGGUCCGGCCAUCCAUUUCUCUCGAUUCGCAGAUGACCCUUGUUUGAAUGAUGCCAAUUACUUAAAGUGGUUGGACUGUCAGCUGAGUGAUUCCGUCCUAUAUAUCUCCCUCGGAAGCUUUCUCUCGGUCUCCAGCUCUAAGUUGGAUGAAAUCGCAGGGUGCUUGCGUGACAGUGGCAUUCGUUUCAUGUGGGUGGCACGCGAGGAAGCCUCAAGGUUGAGAGAGUUGUGCGGCGAUAGGGGAAUAGUUGUGCCAUGGUGCGACCAGUUGAGGGUGCUGUCACAUUCGUCGGUUGGCGGGUUUUGGACGCAUUGCGGAUGGAAUUCGAUUUGGGAAGCUGUUAUCACCGGAGUUCCUCUGCUUGCAUAUCCCAUCGCUAUUGAUCAAGGCGGUAAUGCAACGCUAGUCGUUGAGGACUGGAAGGUCGGAUGGAGGGUGGGCGGGGAGAUCACAGGGCUCUUGCGUAAGUUCAUGGAUUUGGAAGACUAUGAAAGCGGAGAGAUCAGGAGACAGGCCAAGCAUCUCCAGGAGUUAUGUCGGCGAGCGAUCGGAAAAGAUGGUUCGACCAAGACUAACAUCAAUUCUUUCCUCAGGGACAUUUCCCAUUUCAGUGAAGUUUAGAAAGUGUAAUGUAUCAGUUGAUCAGUGAUGUUUCUGAAUUUAAAUUUGAACUUAGAGGUCAUUGUAUGACAAAAAGUAGGAGGAACUGCACAGGGAAGUAUGCAAUUCACUGAGACGGUUCUUCUUCUCCAAAUCAAGCAAGGAAUCUCCACAA